AUAACAGCUAAUCGCUUAUCAGUUCUUUAAUCAAACAUUCACGGAAUAUAUGGAUAAAAAAGAGUAAUUAAAUUGUGUGUCGGUUUUAAUAAAACAUCGUUUCGUUUGUGAUGGAACGUCAAUAUCAGUGGAUAGUGGGAGGGCCCCGCAGUUGACAAAUCGGUGACGCAGUUAAGCGUAACUGCUACGGAAGGCUAUUGAAACACGAGUGGGUCCGUUUCUUGGUUCCAAAAUCUUUAGUAUAGAGACCUGGCACUAACAAACGAAACAGAGUCUUAUUCAUCGUGGUGGUUUGUGAUGUAUGAAUGGAUAGUUGACGGAUUAUCGUCGCUGUUCGUGCCCUUUUCUGGUGAGAAAUCCGCAGCCUGGCCUAGUGAGCACGGUAACGGUAUAGCAAGAGCCGCGGGCACAGACACCCAGCGGCAGGAGAACAGCAGGCCCGCCAAACGCAACUAUCAAAGUGUGUACUCUGCUGAUGGUGUGGCAGAAUAUCCAGAGGUCAAAAGAGCAAGACAUGAUGUGAUCAUUAGGGUUGUCAAGAAGACUUUUGCAGGGAUUGCUGGGCUGUUCCGUUCGAGACACCGCAGGAAGGACGAACAUGAAAAGCAGAAAGGCUUUACGCAGGUUGGCAGGGUUGCCUUUAUGGGUAUUGAUGACAUAUACAGCAACAGCCUGAGUUCAUGGAUUGAGAUUGACGGAAUGGAUAAACAGUUUGAAAUGGGACUUAAAAAUAAAGAAAGGACAGCAACCAAUGUCCACCACAAUAUCCAGGCUUUACGUAAACCUGACAGUGGAGCAAUGCUGUACAAGGGAAGCCAGGACAGAGGCAGGGAGAUGCGCAGAUCCCUGAAGCUAGUGCCGUCUUGCACCACCCACGGGCUGAGCACAAGACCGCCUGAGAUGGAGCACCCGAGCCGCACACACAAACCUUGCCUGACCGUGGAGGCGGCAUUGAGAGAGAGCGAUCGAGAGCAUUACAGGAAGCUAGUAGAGAUGGCUUCGGAGAAAUACUCAAAGAGCAAACCAUUACCAUUUGGACGGAUGAAGCCUCCAAUCUCAAAUUUCCCUCUUGAUGGACACAAGGCUAAUGGACACACAUCUCUCAGUUGCACUAGUGACGUGAGCAGACCUGCUCCAGUAAGAGCCCUUCCUAACAUGUCUGUGUGGCGGGAGCCAGUAUCACUGAUGCAGACUAAAGACAGAACAAUAGAUGUUAAUCGAAGCACACCAGGAAGUGAUGUCAAGCAACGAGCGUUGGAUAAUCAAACUGCAAGAAAAAUCCCUGUAGACGUGGAUCUGUCAGCUGAGGUUGAAGCCAGGUUGAAUCUUAAGGAGAAAGACACUGCUGCAGGACCCUUGCUACCAUCCAGAUCUGAACUGAUUACAGAUUCAGUAAGGCGCAGUGAGGAGGAGUUUCCCAGACUGACCAAGGAGAUGCAGCAGGAAGUGAGUGCUGCUCUUGCUCAAAGUGAUCCAAACCUGGUUCUGUGCAGUGCUUUCAAACUGCGUAUCACACAGAGGGAUCUGGCAACCCUGCAAGAAGGCAGCUGGCUCAACGAUGAGGUGAUCAACUUCUACAUGAAUCUCGUGAUGUCCCGCGGUGAGCAGGAAGUAGGAAGCAGGAAGGUCUACUCUUUCAGUACUUUCCUCUUUCCCAAGUUGCAUGGAGGGGGACAUGCUUCAGUACGGCGCUGGACUAAGGCUGUAGACCUCUUCCUGUAUGACAUCAUUCUGGUCCCUCUUCACCUGGGUGUUCACUGGUCCCUUGCUGUUGUUGACUUAAAAACAAAAUCUGUACUAUCUUACGACUCCAUGGGUCAACGGCAUGAUGACAUCUGCAACAUGAUUCUGCUUUAUCUGAAAGAAGAGUUCAAGGUGAAAAAGGGAAAAGAUUUGGACUUGUCAAAGUGGACCAUGAGCAGUUUACGACCUUCUGAGAUCCCUCAGCAGAAGAAUGGUAGUGAUUGUGGUGUGUUCGUAUGCAAAUAUGCUGACUAUAUCUCCAGAGGACGCAACCUCACAUUCAGACAGAAUCAUAUGCCGUAUUUCAGGAAAGUUAUGAUCUGGGAGAUCCUCAACCAAAAGCUGCUGCAGUAGGAGUGUUGGGAAUGUCGUACUGACUGAAUCAGAUUGACCAAAGCACAGGACCAUUAUAUGUCUGUCCCUCCUGCUCUUUUCUAGAGACUUUUGGCUUUAUAUUGGCCUGUUGCAAAAUUCCACCCAAUUCUUUUAACAGACAGUGGAUUGCUGGUUCUCGGACAGUUUUGUUUGCACAAAUAACCAACCCCUGCUGUAUUAAUCCAAACACUAGAAGCGCAAAUAUGGUUCAAGGAGCAGAACACUGGACUGGGGUGUGAAUAGAUUUGAGCAGGUGGAAGCCUCAUUAGCAGUUGUUUUUGUGAGGCUGGAAUCGUUUCAUUCCAAGAAUGUAGUCUUAUCGCCCCCUGCUGGUUAUACUGUGAGCAGUUCCCAGCUCACAGAAGUAGCUGUUGAUGUUCCCAUGUUUAGUUACGAUGGGGGGGUUAAAACAAAAUGAACUUUAUUCUCAGUAAGCUUUCAGAGUUUCUUAGCAUGGGGAUGUUUUAGCAUUAACAUAUCUCUUUUUACAUUAUAUUUGGAUUAAUAAGGAAUAAUAAAUAUAUUUAUUUAGUUUGAAUGAUAUUCAGUUAUGUCAGCUUAGUAUGUCAAGACUUGUGUGUUUAAAAACCAACAAUCGUACCCAUUAGUCUCAGAGCAUCUUACUAGCAAGGUUUAACGUGCAUGACGAUGAUGGUACUUGCACUGAAAGCAACAGUAUUCAGUGGAUCUGUUUUGUUUCUUUUGUGUCUCUACACAGUCCUGGCCUCCAAGUGCCUUGAUCCGGGUGCAUCUCAUAUUUGAAAGCCGUAAAAUAGAAAUGUUGAAUAUUUUGGCUUCACACCUCUUGCUGGAGCAUCUGACAUGCUUGUUUUUUUGUGUGUGUUGGGAGGUAACAGAGCUUAACACUAGUAAAAA